GUUCGUUUUUGUGGCCGACGUGGUGAACUGCAAGCAUGGCCAAAACCCCGGGAAGCGGCAAGGGGUCCAAGCUGUCAGCGCUUCGGAGUCAUGGCAGUCCCAGCGCCAAGUUUGAUAGCGACGCAGCGCUCAUAGAGGAGAUCAAGCGUCUGCAGCCACCUUCGCCACAGCCGACCCAUUGGAGGCGAUGGCUGGCCGCCGCGAUCGCUUUCGUGGCAGUGCAUGUUGCGCUCGUGGUUGUGCUUCUCCACGAUGCUGACCCGGGGUACUUCUACUCGAGACGAUAUCCAAACAUCGGCAACAUCAAUCUCGAGACAGACGCACCGUUCAUGGGGUACCCUCCAAUUGACGUCGUGUACACGUGGGUCAACGGGUCGGACCCGCGAUGGAAGCGCGAGAAGGACCACUGGCAUCGUCGAUGGAAAGCCCAGAUCCAAGGCGACAUCUUUGACGAAACAGACGAGUCGGAGGUGUUUGACGCGUCCGCGGCGGCCACGGAGAACCGGUUUCGAGACAACGAGGAGCUGCGGUACUCCCUUCGGUCGAUCGAAAUGUACGCGCCGUGGGUGCGCCACGUGUACUUGGUCACGGAUGGCCAGAUCCCAAACUGGCUGAACGUCGAUUCUCCUCGGCUGACCAUCGUGCCCCACCGCAGCAUCUUCGCCAACCAGUCGCAUCUGCCCGUGUUCUCGUCCCCAGCGAUCGAAGCCAACUUGGACAAGAUCCCGGGGCUGUCGUCGCUCUUCUUGUACUUCAAUGACGACGUAUUUCUUGGCGCGCCCGUCACCCCCGAAGACUUUAUCUCCCCUUCGGGGGUUCAAAACAUCUACUUGUCGUGGGAAGUGCCAGAGUGCAGCAAGGGAUGCCGCGAGUUCAACCUGGGCAACCAAAUCUGCGACCCUUCGUGCAAUACGACGGCCUGCGCGUUCGACAUGGGUGACUGCGGCUGCCUUGAAGUGCCCACUUCGGACCCCCUUGUGUUUGACGUGGUGUGUGCGCCUCCGUCGGCCUCGAACACCGCCGCCACCGACGUCUCGCCCGUGGCAGACACGGAACAACCAGUCAAGACGGCCAACCCGCUCAACUGCAUGGCCGGGUGCUCGUGGACGUGGAUCGGGGACGGAACCUGCGAUGUGUUGUGCAAUGUGACACAGUGCGGUUUUGACGCCGGCGACUGCUCGCUCAAGGCGCUCGAAGCCCUCCCGACACUCGACCUCACGACCAAAGCGCCAGGCACGACGUACGGCGUGCAUGUACCGGGGGACGCGGACGCGUUGGUGGUGCGCCUGCCGCGGCCGUUCUUUGAGUUUGUCGACCACGCGACGUUGCUGGGGGACCAACUCGUUCGUCGUGCGGUGCUGCUCGAGCAAAACAUGACGCUUGUGCUCGUGUUUGCCAGGGAGGACACCACCGGCACCCCCACAGGCGGCGCGGUGGUCUCCGUCGAUGGCGAACUGGCGGACGAGUCAACGGCGCAGUGGACGCUGCAUGUGCUGCGCGGCCACCACACACUCCCCCACCAAGGGAUGUGGUCUGUACUGUCGUCCGACUUGGCGGAGCUGAAGAUGACACGGCGCCUUCACCCGAACGCAUCGACGCUGGUGGAUCUGCAGAUCGAGCUGCCGUACCACUCGAUCCCGGAUUGGUCCAUGCCGAUGACCGUCUCCAACAAGCUGGAGCCGUCCAUGCCGACGAGCGUAGUGUGUCCUCCCAUAUUGCCUCCCGUGGCCGACGGUGGUUCAUCCGAUGAGGAUGAUGGUGCUACCGACGAUGCUGCUGUAGACAGCGGGGAAGACGAUGCGGCUGUCCGUUGCAUGCUGGACGGUCGCCGGGUGGUGCUGCAGUGGCAAUGGAAUGCUUCUCUGGACGCCGGGGCAUUUUUGAGUGGAGACAUCUGCACAAUCAAUGCGCACGUCGAGUCGUGUGUGCACGCGGUGCUGUCGCUUCGAGGGGGAGUGACGUGGGUGCCGCCUACGCCCAAGCGCCGAGAGCCGGUUGUGUGGACUGGGGAAUGGUGCGCGUUUGAAGACUGCGUGGUGUCCGACUGGUUUCAAGGGGCCAUCGGGGGCGGGUUGGUCGGCCAAUGCUCGGUGGUCGUGGAAACCGAUGCUCUGGACGACGCGCCGCCGCCGCCAGGUCCGCCCGCGGUGGAUCUGGAGGUGGCCAAGAAAGCCAAAGCCAUGUGCUCGAGCAUCGCAAGGCGUCUCAAGGCGCGUAGUAACGAGUCGACGUGGUGGGGACUGUCAAAGGUUCGAGACGGAUGGUUGGCGGUCAAGACGUGGCUUCAUGUGAACACGGUCGAGGUCCUUGACACCCCUCGCCACCACAUGCUGUCGACCGAUGACGUGGCAGCCUGUGAGACGUACUUUGCGUCCCGCCCCGUGGAGCUGCCGACCGUUUCAGCCGACGCCGACGCCGUCACCUCCGUCGACACGUUUGGCGACUCGCUCCGGUUUGUUAACAAGCUGUACAAUGCCCAGUUUGGCAAGGUGGACGGACCGGUCCGCCGGCGGGUGCCGUCGCACAUGCCGCACUUUAUUCAAAAGAGUCUGCUCACCGAGAUGAAGGAUCACUGGGCCGCUGAGUUCAAUGCGACAUCGAGCCACCGCUUCCGCCACCCAAAAGACAUGCAAUUCAGCUUCUCGUACAUGUACUACGUGGUCAAUAGGCACAAGUUGCACCCCCCGACCAUCGACGACAUCUUUUCCACGUACAUUGACAUCAACCGCGACGGCCUCAUUGACGAGCACGAGGCGCUCAGUGUCGCGUCGCUGCUCACAUCAGACGAACAUCCUUCAGAGAGCGAUAUUGCGUCCGUCAAGGCAUGCAUGACCCCGAGCACGACCGAAACCAAGCGCGAAGAGAUCCAUCGACAUGGCAUAGUGACGGUCACUGAAACCACCCAGCCACACUUGACACUCGACAGUCUCAAAGCAUGUGACAACGUUACCCAUCGGCUGAUUGAGACUGCGACCAAGCGGUUGCCGCCCACACACGUCAUGGUAUCGGAAGACCAAGUGACGUUUCACAUGCUGAGCGACCAAUAUCGCACGGCGUGGAACCAACUGCUCAACACCCGCGCCAAGCGCACCAAGUUCAUUUGCAUCAACGACGACAUGAAGUACCCGACCGUGGCGGUGGGCAACAUCUUGAACGACCUGUUCACGUCGUUGUGGCCGCAUCGGUCGCAGUUUGAGCUGCCAUAUCAUUUGAAGAAUCGAUUUGGCCACGUGGACGAGCUCGCGUGGGCCGUCUGGACGCAGUACAUUGUGAUGGGGGCUGUUGGUACCCUGGUUGCUGUGGCAGUUGCCGCGUGCUUCUGGUGGGAACAGAAGAGGCCACUUGACAAGACACUGGAUGAAGACAAACACAAUGAGGAUCACAUGUGAUGCCCCACCACCGCGAUAUUUUACUUACUCCAUUUAACUCAAAUGUUCUAGCACCGUGUACUUGGAAAUGGAUGGUGGUUGCAUUCAU